AUGGUCAUCCGAUUAUUUGUUCCUGAAGGCGAGGGACAACAUCCGCUCACGCGAAAACGACCCAGCGGCCUCCCUGCAGAGCUUGACCUGAUCACAUCACCAUGGAGAAGUUCUCUUGCUGCUGCUGGCAUCACCGGCCUCUUUGCGCUUGUUGGCCGCUCAUAUCCAGGCACGGUCCUGCGUUCCGCAGCCUUCUUCAGCGUUGUCGAUCUCUCAUGGACAGCUGCUGGCUUGUAUGGGCAACGGGAGAUAAAUAGAGGGGUGUUCAAAAUGGAAAAUAUCACGCCAGAGCCUGGAAAGCUAUGGCAAAAGACAACGGGCUGGACUGCAGAUGAUGCGAUGCUGGCUGGUGGAGUAUUGGGCAUUGUGACGGCCCUGAACCCGCGCGCUUUCCCUGGAGCCUAUGGGAUCUCAAGGUUCAUUGGAGCAACGACCGUCGGAUGCGCACUGGGCUACAAGACUGGACAAAUGUUUAUAACUCGCAUCGACCCGCGACUUAUGAGUAUCAUUGAGUCAUCCGACAGGGUAAACCGGAGAAGAGCAUAUGAAAAAUUGCAGCGUGAUGAGGAAGCGAAAGCUUCGUUAUCACUCGUUGGCAAACUUGCGCUCAAGUAUCAUUCAUCUCCAUAUCUACAGAUUCUGCGCAACCCUCUAUAUUUUGCAAGGGCCAGGGGGAUGAGUGGUAUGUCUAGCGGACAGCAGCACGCGACACCGUCGAGCCGAGCAUCUCAGGGGCCAGCGUUGAGCUCUUCGCUGCAAGCAGACACGGCCAAGUUUACCCUCAUACAAAUAGAGUUCAAAGCAGACGAUCUUACAGGGCCAGACAUGGAAGCAGGCUAUCGAGCAUACAAGGACAGUCUUCAGACACGGGACGAAAGCGUCAUCCAAGAGUGGCGGGAGAAAAUCAAGAGGGACAAGGAACAAGUAAGAAUGGAAAUGAACUUUUUGUGGAGGCAUCUUGGGCUUAUGGAGCAUGUCUUUUACCUUGACGACAAAGAAGACAGAGCUAAAGACAUAUUGCGACGAGAGCUACAACUAGUCAACAACAUGACUGGGGACAUGAUUGUUCGACUCAGAAAAGCAAUUGCGGCAGAAGCAGCGAGCGGAUAA